AUGGCAGCUAAUAUUGCAACGGAGCUAACACAGCACCUCAAUGCUCGACAUCUCUAUCCAACUGUGGUAUGGCUCCAGGGCUUCCUCUCCACAGUCCGACCAAAUACUCCGCUGCCCGCCAUCAAGCAAACUGCACUCUUUCGCCUUCUGGCUACUGACAUCACCAACUCGCUCAGCCAACCAGCCGCCUCUCUGUUCCCGUCCGACAUACUCAAAGGUACUACUCAGACCCGCAUCGUCGCUGGUCCAGUCGUAUGUCAAGUGCUCGACAUUGAAGACAUUGGCCACUCGCGCUGGUCACAGGUUGAAUCAAUCGAAGCCAGAGAGCGAGGUGAGAUGACCAAAGGACGGGAGAUUGUGCGUGUCGUAGAGCAAGAGAAUGAAGGCACUACCGAAGCUGCAGCGCCUGUUCAGAGCAAAGGGCCUUUCAAGUUAUUGCUGCAAGAUGCGAAAGGCUUGACAAUUUACGCCUUGGACUUGAGAGGUAUUGAUGGCAUCAACACAAACAUGGUCAUGGGCCUCAAGCUUGUUCUGCGCAAUUUUGACGUUCGGAGAGGCGUAGUCAUGCUCGAGCCUGGUAAUGUUCAGGUUGUGGGUGGGAAGCUGGAGGCGCUUGAUAAAGCCUGGAAAGAGGGGAGGAAAGAUAGGCUGAUGGCCGCGGCAAGAACGAUGGGACAAACUGCGGGGUAA